AUGCGAAUCGGCUUUGCUCUAGUAUUAGUGACGAUCGCCAUCACCACAAGCUUCGUCGAAGUCAACGCUGACGAGAACGCAAAGGAAGACUAUCUUUCAGCAACCAAGAGUAUCAGCGUUGAUAGCACUCCGUAUUAUCUCAAGGAUGCACAAAAGAAAAUCGACAAAGAGGUCAAAUUAGUCUUCAGCGAGGAUGAAGAGAGAGUUGGAGUACCAGGCUUCAGCAGAUUGAAAUCUCUUUUGCGUAAGCACCCGAAGCAGGUUCGGGGGAACCUGGGCCGGACGAAGAAUCUUGACAAGAUACAAGCGUCUCAGGGUAUUCAAAAGCUGAAGUCGAUUUUGGGGUUUUCGAAUAAAGGUCAAAACAAAAUCACGCCUGAGAAGGAGUCGACUCCCUAA